AUGCUGCGCACUAGGACUGUGCUGGUGACAGGAGCCAACGGCGUUAUAGGCCAAGGCGUAUGCCGAGCAUUUUCCCAAGCAGGCUGGACGACCUAUGGCCUCCUUCGAAGCGCACGUAGUGCGCAGGACCUGGUGUGUGAAGAAAUCAUUCCCAUUGUGGGUUCUGCAGCCAACUACUCGUCGUUUGUCGAUUCUCUGCCACCCAUCGACGUUAUCGUGUCCUGUUCCGAAGACAUCAAGAACUACAAGGCGCACUUCGACGAUGUCCUGGCGAUGAUCUUGGAGAUCAGCUCGGCCUCUUAUCGCCAGAGUGGCUCGAAGCCACUGGUCAUUUUCAGCAGCGGGUGCAAGGACUACGGGACAACCGCACGGCACGGCGACCCUGAACUUGCUCCCCACACGGAAAACAGCCCGCUCAAUCCCCCGGCGCUGUUGGCGAACCGCACGCAAUGUGCACUCAGCAUGUUCAAUCAUACCGGGGCAUUCGACGCCGUCAUUACGAGGCCGACCACGGUCUUUGGCCGAUGGGGCAGCUGGUAUGCCGUGUUUUUCAUGCUGGCCGAAGCUGCCAAAGCCGCCGGCCGCAAUAGCUUCACGCUUUACUCAACUCCCAAUGCGAUCCUGCAUGGCACCCACGUGGACGACGUGGGAACUGCGUACGUUGCGAUCGCAGAGGCGCCGCGACAGGUAGUGGCGGGACAGGUCUAUAAUAUCUCGGCCCACUCCUAUGAGACGCUCGCAGAUAUCGCCACAGCGGCGGAAAAGUGCCACGGCGUGAAAGUGGACUAUGCCGAUCCCGGACCGAAGGACGACAAGGAAUUCGGCGUCAACUCGGUAUUCAAUUUUUCUCAAUGGGUCGACUCGACCAAGCUCAGAACCCAAACUGGUUGGGUGGACCGGAAACCGCUCUUCCACGACUGGUACGAUGUAUAUAGAAGAGCAUGCGAGCAGGCAAAGGCAGACAAGAGCGACCAGUAUGUGAGGUACAAGGAGUACUUGUCAUUACUGAAGGAUCCGAGGUACGUCUUUGACGUCGAGGAGUAG